GUUCAGUGUACGCCGUGAACUGUCUCUGCGAGAGAAACGUCAAAAUUUUUAUUUCCAAAUCGCAAUCCGUUCUUCGUUUUCAACACCGUGCAGAGAUUAAUAAUUGAAUUAUAGCCGUGAUUAGGUGGAAAUUGUGUGCUUGUGCAGCGAAUGCUACGAAAUUCGGAUGGACCGAAAGUGAUAAGCGGUGAUAAGAAAACCCAGUGUUUCGCAGAGCGACCGUAAAAGAAUGCUGUUUUGAUUGGCUUCCUCGCCCCCUUUCUCUGUCUGGGCCUUUGCUUUGGGUGGCCGUGUUUUGAAACGACGACCAAGACAUCGAAACGAAACGAAGACGACGUCUAGAAGGGGCUCUGAUGGUAAUGACGUGUUGUUUCUCGGUUGUGGACUAUCGAAAGCAGCAACAGCAAAAGCAGAGCCGAAGACGACGAAUGAAAAUAGCGGUUCCUUAUGAAUACACUAAUACCAGCCUGGGAGCAGCAAACAGCAGAAGAUUGCAGAAGCAGCUCUACAAAGAAUCUGUCCAAAGCAGACGAAGUACUUCGCAGCUCAAGUCGUCGUCGGAUCAGUUCCAGCCUUGCACCGUGGGAGAAACAGGUGGUGACCUCGGAGCAAACAGAGUUCCCGAGCAAUGCAGGUGGAGCUGAAGAGCUGCCAAGUGGAACGUCGCUGUUGACCAGCACUAGACUUGCCGCCAGCACUGAUGACGACAGCAAGAUACAAAACCAUGCGAAAGACGACGUGGAACACGAGCUAGAAUCUACGGGGGAUCUUGCGCUAAAGUAUCACUACACGGGUAACGAAACCGGUGACGAUCCUCAAAAUAACCACGGCAGGAGGUAUAGCCGUAUAAGCAUGAUAAUCAUCUACGGACGGGAAGCGUUGUGCAUCCUGGCAUUGAUAUUGACCACCUAUGCGUCCAUUCAGAACAGUCCACCUAGAAUAUCGAAAGCACCUCCACCGGCGCCAUUCUUCUCGAAAGGUUCCUUAGUAAACGAUUGGCCUUCGGGAGCUUUAGGACCCACUCAGACUCGAGUCUCGCAAUCGGAGCUGUCGUUUGUGUUCUACUACGCACCGUGGUGCGCGGAAAGUCAGCAUGCCCGGUCCGUUUACGAGCACGUGGCCAGGUUGUACUAUCGGGAGGCCCACUUUGCGGCCAUCAACUGUUGGCAACCGGGCGGAGAGUGCCGACUGCAGUACUCCAAGGUGCAAUCGUGGCCGGUGCUCAUGGCCUAUCAACCGAACGGGAUGGCCGUGCAAUUCCAUCAGGUUUGGACCAAUGCGGCGCUGUCCAGGUUCGUGCAAUCGCUGAUCAAUCCCAUCCAGAGGAUGGUCGGACCUGGGGAUCUGAUGAGCUUUAUGACCGGAAAAGAUGCUGUAGUCGUUGCGUUUCUCGACGUGAACGUCAAUCGAAAGCAAUAUAAUCGGUUUUAUCAAACGUCCCUCAAGUGGCUGGAGAAGGACCCAUUCCAGGAGGUGGCAUUCGGCGUUGUCACGGGCGAGUCUUCCAGUGCUUUCGGGGUGGAAGAGAUUCCAGCCAUUCGGCUUUAUCUGUGGAACGAAACCAUCGAAUUCCACGGUAACGAUUCGUGGACGAUGCCGGAGCUGAGCACCUGGAUCAACAAGCAAAUCCAGGUUGUUUCGAUGUGGAUCGCACCGCCAGGUGCUACAAAGUCCGCUUCGCUUGCGCCGUACUUCAACCAGGGUCCUGUGUUGUUCUUCUUCACACCCCGAUCGCUGUACGGAUCGUCUUCCGAUGCGUACAUGAUGCUACGCCAGCUCGGGAUGCAGUACUACAACUGCAGGAACGACAUCUGGGUACAGGAAAUGGCCAAGAAGUACAUUGCAGAGCAGAGACGAGUGAGCGCCGAUUCUUACGGUCAGCUGAGACGUGAAUGUGAAUUGCUGCUGAAGCGACAUCCUUCGCAGGAGCAGGAUGAUUCGGAGGAUGAUAGUUGCAGUAGGGCUUCCAGCAAAUCCGCUGUGGCCGUAUCGUUUGUUAAUGUGUUGAAUUCGUCGAAGUUUGGCGAAGCACGAAAAGUGGGGGAUGGCUUUUGUGACAUUGAUCAGGUCAAGUGUGAUGAGAGAUUCUACGAAUGUGUAGACGUUGAGAUGGGUGAGCCAAGCUGUGGCAAAAGAAAACGAAGCCAGCUUUAUGGUUCGAUGAAACACGAUGGCCGGGAAGGGAAACCGGUGACCUCCAUGUUGAAUUCGGAUCAGGACUAUCGGGGACCCAAGCUACUGAAGAGGCUUAGCAUGAGAAGGCAGUGUGAGCUGCUUCGGUUGAGUGAAUCCGACGGCAGUGAAGUGUUCUUUCAAGAAAUGGCUGGCCCUGAAAAUGUUUAUGUAGAUUUGAUAAAAGGAAUGUCCUGUAAAUAUAACAAGACGCUUACAUUCCUUGGCAUGGACAGCGACUUGUAUCACGCAUUUGCUGAACGAUUGGGAGUGGAUGUGUUGCAUACGACCAACAAAACUAUUGCUGUAAUAGUAGAUCCUGAGGAUGAAUCCACGUUUCUACUUAGGAAAGAAGUGAACCUUUCAAGCCUAGCAAAGCUUGUACAUGACUUCUACAAUAGAACGUAUCCGCGGUUCCUAAGAUCGAAUAACGUUUCGUUCAAAAAUACUCAUUCGUUCAACAUGAGUGAAUUCCGUAAGGAACACCGUCGAAUGAUUGAGGUUAAACGAUCAGAAAUGGCAGCCAAACUUCAACAGCAGAAAGAAACUGGCAGAAGCCAGAACACUUCCGGGAAUGAGAACAAGCUGAAUCAGAGGAACACGGAGGACGCAUCCACGGAUCAUCUGGUAGUGCACCACAAGCACCACUUUGUGAGGGAGAUUAAUUCUCAUAACUUCAAUCACGUGGUGAUUAAUUCCAAUAAGACUGUCGUCGUUCACUUCUACUCAGCGCAAUGUGCCUUCUGCAGUUUGCUUUCGCAGCAUCUGCUCACAAUCUCGAGAAUGUUGCGGCACCAACCGCUGCUCGAAUUCGUCCGCAUCGACGGUGACAAGAACGAUCUACCCUGGGAGUACACCAUGGAUGCAUUUCCAACGCUGAUCAUAUUUCCUAAUCAAAGGAAAGUGGAGAGUCGAGUUUUCUCGCGCAACCUGCCGAUGACCGUCCCCAACGUGCUCGGGUUCAUCCUUUCCAAUUUGAACCUACCCGAGAGGCUAUACGCCACCGUUCUCAUUUGCAAUGACAUCAAACCAAACUCAGCAUCGCGAGACGAUUGCCUGGGGGCGAUGAAGCGCGAACUAAGCGACAGUAUCUCGCUCAACCUGCGCCUCUACCGGCUGUCCACGAAGCGUCCCACGCGGGCAGCCCGAAUCCUACACCGGCUGCAGGCCCUGCAGGAACUCUACAUGGCGACGCUUCGAUGUCUAAGUCAUUUCUGUGAUUUUACCCAGCUGAAGAGCAGUGCUAAAGCAAUCCUCACCAUGUGGCAAAUCGCGACGUGAAAAUGAGAUAGAUGUGCAUUUAGUAGGCAUUUCUGUUUUUCCACUUUGUUCAACCAACCACUCAUAUUACCUGCUUUUCACGUGGAUAUUAGUUGUUUCCUUCUUUUUUAAUUACCUUUAAGCCCAAGGCAUUGAAUUCGUUUUACACCUUAGAAUUGUGUUGAUCUGCUAUUUGACGUUUUCUUGUUAAUGUAUAUUUUGGGAUAGACUCCCCUUUCCUUGUUUUAGAGAGAAUAUUCUGAAAACUAUCAAUCGAACUGCUUUGAAAUUCUCAGCUCAGAGAGAAAGCAUUACACUGCAAGUACAUGUAUUAGCCAAAUCAAAAAAAUCAACACGUAAUACAAUUAUCAACGGUAUCGAGAUCUCGUUGUAGAUAUUUUUAACUCGCCUGUGAGCUAAUGAUUGCUAACAACAAAAAAGAAAACCGAUAUAGAUUUUAGUACGCAAAUACUAUAAUUAAAGUGAAAGUUAAAAACUCUUAGAUAAAAUAUGAACUAAUUAUUCCUUAAAGCUUAGGGAAAUAGAAGAGUGAAAAUCAAGAAAGCCAGGAAGCUAUCGACAUUUUUUUUAGAAUCAAGCACUACAAAAACAAGUUGUAAAUAGUACUACCCGUAGAUGCGGAUUGAGGGCACCCUAUCCAAGUUGUGAUGAGACGAUGCCGAAAAGAUUGAAUUGACCUGUUGCAGCGUAGAGAAUUCCGUUUAUUUAAGAAUAACUAAAUUAUUGAAGUUUUGUAAUUCGCAAAGUGAAUGAAUCGAUGAAAUAUCACACUAAUAUAUUUUGUUCAUAAUCAGU